AUGGUGGAGAAUAGUAAAUCUGCGAUUGGUAAAAGAAAGAUUUUGUCCUCAUACAACUCUGAUGCGAAAACUCGCGGUCGAUCCGAAUUAGUAGGAGAGUUGAAUAAAGAUUUGGAAGGAUAUCGAAGAGCUAUUGAUCUUGAAUCUUCUGAUACAUCUGAUUCCUCCGAGGAUGAAGAUUUCGACUAUGAGAUCUUUGCAUAUGCUAAAGAACUAACGAUGAAAACAUACACCCCUAUAUAUAAAAAAUAUAUUGAUGACAAUGCGAAAUACUAUAGGUCUGAAUUUCAACAGCAUAUUCGCCAGUUCAUGCCUAGAAAAUACAGAACCUACAACAAUUUGUCAACUUCUGUAGAUCUGUUAGUUCCUCAUCGCUUAAAGAGAUUCGAUACUGUUUGUGUGCCAGAGUCACCUGAUAAUGAUAUGUUCCCUUGUCUUGUUCAAAUGUUUCCAUCCAGCACAAUGUGUCCUAGAAUGCGAUAUUACGUUCACGUCGAUAGGAAUAUUCAGACUGAUGAUACUUUAAGACUUUCUAAUUUUCCCCAAUUGGAGAGUAGCGAAGACGUUGAUAGAUUCCAUCAAGAACUCAGAAAAGCAUACCCAGAGGGAAUUCAUGGUGAACGAAGAGGAUGGGGAUUACUUAUCACAGAUGAGCUUCUCUACUUAUUGGUUCAAGAAGUUUUAAAACAAUGGACAACUACUAAUUAUCCUACUUCAUACAUCUUCAAAGCAAUUUACAAACUCUUCCCAACCAAGUUGAUAACGGGAGAGUUAGAGGACAGCUAUCCUACGUUAGUGAGGAGAUUUGAGAAAGAACCAAAUAUGAAAAAGAAUACUAAAAGUGUGAAAGAAGUAGAUCACUCAAUCAGCUCACUUUAUUGUGGUAAAUGUAAUCAGUUUUUUUGUGAACUACAUGCUUUGGAUGGAACUGAAAAAGUUGCCAUUAACAAAGAUUACAUGGCCAGCGACGAUGAAGAUGUAGAAGCUUGUGGUCCUGAAUGUUAUAUGACUGAACAGAAUGGUGAUGUUGAACAAAAUAUGGAAGACAAUGAUUGUGAACUAAAACUCGAUGCUCUAUUCAACGAAGAAGCAUCGCAAAAGUUACUGGAGCUUCUAUUGAAUUUGAAAAAAUUCUCAUCCUGCUGUUUAUCCAAAGUUUUAUCAAAAUACGAUUCUAAUCGAGAAUGGACUUGUCGAGAGAUCUUCGUUAUCAAUCAAGCGCUAGAGAGACAUAAAGCUUCUCUCUCACCUGAAGAGUCGAAGGAAAGGAAAAAAAUGAUGAAAGAUCUGCCAACUGGUCAUAAAUCCCUGGCUCGAAUGACUAAUGGAGAGAUAAAUAACAGUGCUAAGUUGAAACCUUGUGCUCAUGAAGGAGCAUGUACGGAUUGUGUUUGUUCUCAAGAAAACACACCUUGUACGAAAUUCUGUAAAUGCAGUGAGGACUGUAGAAAAAAGCUUCGGGGAUGUGUUUGCCUCCCAGGACAGUGUGGUACAAAUCUUUGUCCUUGUUAUCUUGCCAAGUGGGAAUGCGAUUCUGACAAUUGUAAAAAUUGUAUUUGCGGAAGUUCAAAGUUUACUCUACCUAGCCUUGAUCUCUACCCCACUCCUGAUCCGGAACUGAAUUAUUAUGGGGUUUCUGAUUCUGAAGAGGAUCAUAACUUUUUGGGAGCUUCAAAAAGGCAGAACUAUAAGAAGCAGUCGAGUGACCUAGAAUCACUGAUGAGUACAGAAUCUACAGGAACUCAUUCAGUUAGCACUAUAGGAAACUCUUCUGAGGCUGAUGAACGUUUUGGAAAUGUUUUCCCUCUGUCUAUCUGUAACAGAGAAAACAUGGAUGUGUAUAUUGAUGCGACAGAGGGAGUAGGGGGAGCUGCUCAGAAAUGCAGAGUGGGUGAUGACUUUCUUGACCUUAAUGCGCGAGAAAGUUCGCUGUCGUUAACGGAACAAGUUAUCGGCCCGAAGUCAGAAAAUCAGGAAAAGGCUGUUACCGGAACAAAGAUAACUUCAUACAACGAAGAUCAUAACGAUUGCUUGCCUAGCUUCUUCAGCUGUGAACUUACACAAGGUGUGGAAGGCUGGUUAAGCAGUUUGAGUGCACCUAAUAAGUUCGACAACAUCCAAGGAAAUAACAGAUCCAACAGCAUCAUUGAGAGAGCUUUACCAACGAAGGUGGAACAAACUGAUCUUCGAAGUUUAAAUAAAGAACAACAGACUGAUAUAAGAUUGAAAAGACGUAAACAGUAUCGUUUCUUGAGUAUUCAAGCUUACAAGAGACAGCAGGAAAAAGUUUUGGCGAGCGUGUUCGGAAGCGAAAUCUUGAAAAAAAGUGAAGUCGGAAGGCCUUAUGGAAAUGAACAAGAGGAAGAUCGUUGUAACAACUGUCGGAUACAGAAUGGCCAGUUCAAACGUCUUAAAGUUGGGGUGUCUUCUGUAGCUGGAUUUGGAUGCUUUCUCUGUGAGCCCGCAUCCAAAGGCGACUUGGUGGCUGAGUAUACCGGGGAAGUCAUUUCACGUUGGGAAGCCGAACGUAGAGGUCUGAUUUAUGAUGAAUUCAAAUGCAGUUUCAUAUUCGCUUUGAAUAAUGCACAAUCUGUAGAUGCGACAAGGAUGGGUAACACCAUAAGAUUUGCUAACCACUCAGAUAACGGAAACUGCUAUUCACAGAUAAUAGUGGUGAAUGGCGAACAUAGGAUUGGAAUAUUCGCUAAAAGAGACUUACCCAGUGGAGAAGAGAUAUUCUUCGACUAUCAGUAUAACAAGAAUUGCAAAGAGAAGUACGUUCCUAAGGAUUCGAAAGAUGUAUAG